CCAUCUUAUGUUUGUGUGUACAUAGAAAUUUCUAAUAUUCCAUUAGUUAUAUCCUAUGUAGUAUGUUCAAAUCUGUAGAUAUACUCGAUGAAUUCCGAGAUGGAAGGAUAUCUCCAUAGAUAACCGCGAGCAUUCGUUAUCACCGAUUUUUGAUAUAUUUUUACUUCAAGUUUAUAGUGUUGAUUUUUAAACAGAGUUUUCCUGACGCGUAGAAAUAACAAAUUUUUUGUGUAAAAACGAAUGGUAGCAGCUUGAUUUUGUCAUAAAAUUAUUACACAGUAUCACAGCAUUGCUUACUGAAGAAAUUAAUUUUUUCAUGUGUGGCUUUGUUUAUUGCUUAUUUAUCUUGAAUAUAAGUGCUAAAUCGGGAUUAUCGCAAGACAUUACGACUACAUCGCCAUCAAGCAGACGCCGUGUUGUAGUAUUCGACAUCGAUAAUACACUUUGCGAAUGUGACAUAUUGCCAGAAGAAUUGGAGAACGCCAAGAAGUACUACCCGGAAUGCCCUAUAUUUUUUUGGAAUUCUAACUCAAUAUGGCUUGGAAACGUAUCACAUGUUUUUUUACCUUACUUGCAAGUUUUAUUCGAUUACUUGAUAGAGCGAGAUGUUCGAAUCGUAUUUUUCUCUGCUGGUGACGAAGAAAGAAAUUUUUUGGUUAUCCCUCAGCUACUCUCGUCCUUCUGGGGCACGCAGCAAUUUGAAGCGCUGAAAGCCAAAGGACAAUUCGAUAUUUUCUCUAAGAAGAAUUUGCGUUGGGGAAAUUACUCGAUCCAGACGGGUGAAGGAAAUGAGGUGAAAGAUUUAAGAAAAGUUAUUCGUGAAGAGUAUGAAUCUAGGGGAUUGUUACCUGAAGGAAGUUGACGAAAGAGAAAAAACAGAAGAAGAGCGCAGUAUUCCAUUUUGGCAAAUAGAUUAUUGGGCAAGAAAAUCUCCCGGUUUUGUAUUGAACAGUGUUUACUUCAUGAUCGGUAUAUUCAAGACCUAUUUCGAGAAUGAAAGGUAUAAAAUUUUGCCUUUUAGAGAAUCUUUAAAUGAAUCAUGCCUGAAAAACAAUACUCCAGGUGCAAUGAUUUUUUUCAAAAGCAUUCGUUCGCCUAUGACAUGUUUGAUUUAGGCUUAUCAGAAGUGCAAAAACGAGUACCUAAUGCUACGUUUUAUGGAUUGAGGCAUCCGCAUGUGGGCUCCUAUAAAAGUAUACCUAGGUGCUAUAACGGAUAGCUCAUUUUAAUGACAAUGGCAACUACUAGGUGUUUUCAUAAUUCAAAUUCUGCGAAUGAAGAAGUAUUCCUUUGAUAUUGUUAAACAUGUUUUAUAAGGUAAUACGUUUUAUGCUUUCAAUAGAUAAAUUUAUGUUAAUUUCUGUGUACUUACUAGGUUUUUUUUUUAAAAAAAAAACUAAAUCAUUCUAUUUGUGGAAUGUUUCUGAUAGGAGUACAUGUGUAUAAUUUUCAGAGACACCUGAGCAAUGAUUGAUCUUUGAGUAAAUUUGGAACGAUUACUUAGUGUAUGCGCUUCUUGAAAAGAGUGUAGUGAAUGGGAACUGUAGAAUUCCGCAGAGUUUUAGGGCCCUGGUCCUAUACUCUCGAGGUUUAAGACCCUAGCCUCCAUACUUGAACAUAGUUUUUCGCCAUUAGGUAUUAGCUGCGUUCUGGGCGGCUAUUACCGAAAUAUUUUUGCCUCCGCAAUCGACGUAAUCCAACGCAAUGAACGUAAAAGAUUGCGUCGUUUGCGUAGAUAGAAAGCAACCGUGUUGAGCGUAAUGUGCGUUAUUUUAAUAUUUGAGUAACAAUAAUGUUUAUAAAAGCCCAAUUAACAAUUAAAAUUUUUUAUUUUUCCAGAUAACGCCAAUAUUGCAAUGCUCAUUACGUCGAUUGCGGCGAUUGCUGAGGCAAAAAUAUUUCGGUAAUAGCCGCCCUGGACUUUACUUUAGAUCAUGGUAUCUAACGCAUUUUUUUUUGUUGAAAAAAAAUCACUACUUUUUCACUAUCUUUUUUCAACCAAAUUUAUUUUUUAAUUUCAAUCAAAAUUAUUUUAAAAAACAAUUCAAACGAACACAUUACAUAGGUACGUUAUAUGACAGGGUGUCUAACAAAAUUUUAAAAUAAAGCAGGUCUUCGACAGGAAAUUUUUUUAACACUUGAGAUUUUAUAAGAAAAGGGAGUCGGAUGGCGAGGCAAAAUUUUACAUUAGAAUUUUUCGCUUUUCCAAUGUCUUCAGACAUCCCAAGAUUUUUUUCAAAAAAGUGGAUGGAUAAAAUAUAUAAUUUUAUCAUUUCAAUUUUUGAUUUUAUUUUCAAUCUUAAGGUUCUUGUUAAUGUAAUGAAAUUGGGUGAAUAAAAAACUUUUUUCAACUUGACAAAUUUUUAGAAAAUAUACAAAAAUUUGAACCGAUUUUUCUAAAUGAAACGGCGAGUUUUAAUGUAAAAUAAUUGGUACAAUUUGGCCUAAUGCGAUGCAUAAAAAUUCUGAUUUCUCCUUCAAGUCUGGAAUUUUUUAAUUGCGUUAAUCGCGGAAAAGAGAAACAAACUGGGCCUGGCAAAGCGAGGGCGAAAGCUCUCGAAAAUCAGUAUUUCGAGAAGUGUAAAAAAAACAGUGUUUUUCUGUGAAAGGAGUUAAUUAUAAGAAGUUUAUUACUUUGGUUCAAAAUUUUGAAAUUCAAAUUAUGAUUUUUUUUUUUAAAAAGCAACAUUGAAAAAAAAGCAAACGAUCCCGAGCGAAGCAAGCCCAAAAGCUUUCAAAAAUCCAUGUUUUGAGAAGUAAAAAAAAGUUUCUUUAUGCAGAGUAGAGUUUAUUUUUCUGAUUCAAACUUUGAACAUUUCUUGCAUUUAAAUGAUAAGUUUUUCACGUGGAAAAAGAAAAAGCCCUCGAAAAUGUGUAAUUCAAGCUCUUAAAAAGUCGACUAAUGAGCUCUUUUUUACGGAAUAAAAAUCGAGAAAAAGGAACGUAUUUGAAUUUUUUCAUUUUUUCACUGCUUUUUCAACAAAAUUCACUAACCUUUUCACUACUUUCACCACCUGUUAGAUACCCUGAACUGAAGACAUGUAGUUUCAUUUUUCAAAUAAAUCCAUACGAUAAAAACAUGUAGUACUCUUGCCCCACCACGAUAGUACUCUUUACUAAAAUUCAACUACAUAUUCAGAAAAAAUUAUCACGAAUGAUAAAAUGGGCUAAAAAAUGUUGUUCUCAUGCCAAAAUAUAGGUAGUUAAAGAGUUACCAUUUCACUGACAUGUGGUGCCAUCCCCCCUACCACCACAUACUUUCCACCCCAUUGGGAGGCUUCAAACACAAAAUGCGGACGUUUGCCACAGCCUAUUUUAAUACUUACAAUUAGUUUUUUGAACACAUGUUUUGAUUACGUAUUGGAAAUAAUUUUUCCAUAUUCCGGACGCCCGUAGGGCUCAAAUAUUUGGGACCGUUUGAAAACUACGACUUAAAACAGAACAGAGCAAUGCUUGUUUUUUCAAAAAAAAUUACCAAACGCUCGAGUUUUUUUUUGUUUUGUUUUCUUUGUCACAUGAUCAUUUGAUAUUCGAAUUCUUCGGUAAAAAAUACGCUAUAUUAAAAAAAAAAAACUUGAAACAAAAUUCUUUAGGUAUUGGGGAGAGAGGGAAUCGAUUUCAAACUUUUAGAAUAAAAGCCACCCUCAUUCUUUUAAGCCCUUACUCCACAAAAAAUUUUGUAGGUCAAUUGAUGAAGUUUGCCUAUUGCCUCUGAUAACAUUUGAAAACAUUUGUCCAACUUCCCUUUUCUUAUAGUUGGAGAAUUUCAUAUUGAAAAAAUUGGUAUGUAAAAUAGAAAACGCUGUCUGAAAGAUUAGAUAUCUUGUUUGAAAAGUGUUGGGAUAUCUUCCUAUGUUUGUGUGUAGAAAUUUAUAAUAUUCCAUUGGUUAUAUCCUAAUGUUACGAUCUGUAGAUAUAACCGAUGAAUUUCGAGGUGGAUGGAUAUCUCCAUAGUGAUAACCAAAUGUUUGUUAUCAACGAUUUUUGGUACAUUUUUACUUCAAGUUUAGUGUUGAUUUUUAAAUCAGUUUUCCUGACGCGUUGAAAUAAAAAAUUCUUUGUACAAAAACGAAUGAUAGCAGCUUGAAAAAGUAGAUGCCCACACAAAGCCUAAGCUAACAAAGCUCCAUCAACUUACUGAAGAAAUGAAUUUUUUAAUAUGCGGUUUUAUUUAUUGCUUAUUUUCCACGAAUAUAAAUGCUAAAUCUGGAUUAUCGCAAGACAUUACAUCCUCAUCAAGCAGAAGUCGUGUUGUAGUUUUCGACAUCGAUUGUACACUUUGCAAACCUCAGGUAAUAUUAGAUCAAUUGGAAAACGCCAAGAAGUACCAUCCGGAAUGCCCUAUAUUUUUUUGGAAUAAUGUAUCGCAUGUGUUUUUACCUUACUUGCAAGUUUUAUUCGAUUACUUAAUAGAGCACGACGUUCGAAUCGUAUUUUUCUCUUUCGGUGACAAAGAAAGAAAUGUUUUGGUUAUUUCUCAGCUGCUUACAUCUUUCUGGGGCGAAGUGAAAUAUGAAGCACUGAAAACCAAAGGACAAUUCGAUAUUUUCUCUAUGGAGGAUACGCGCGAAGGAAUUCAUGAAAGUGAAUACGAAUUUGUGAAAGAUUUAAAAGUAGUUCUUAAAGGACCUGAAACUUUAUCUGAUGCUAUUUUAGUAGAAGAUUACCGUGGUUAUGUUGCUUUUGAUCAGAAACCGUAUUUGCAGAUCAUGGAUUUAACGUUUUGGUACAUACGAGAAGAGAACGAAAGAGAAAGAGCAGAAUGGCUUUAUUCGUCAUAUUGGAAAAGAAAUUCUCCUAAUUAUCAUUUGAACAGUGUUUACUUCAUGAUCGGUAUAUUUAAGACCUAUUUUGAGAAUGAAAAGUAUAAAAUAUUACCUUUUAGAGAAUCUUUAAAUGAAAUUCUGCCUGAAAAAAAAUACUACCAAGAUUUCUUUGAAACUCACUCGUUCGCCUAUGAUAUGUUUGAUUUAGGAUUAUCAGAAGUGCAAAAACGAGUACCCAAUGCAACGUUUUAUGGCUUGAGACAUCCAAAAGUGGGUUCCUAUACAAGUAUACCAUAACUGAUAGAUAGGUCAUUUUAAUGACAAUGACAAUAAUAACGAGAUCUUUUUUGAAUUCUGCGAAUAAGGGACACAUCACUGUCGAUGUUGUUUAAAAUGUUCUAAUAUGAAACUUUUUUUUUUUUGCUUUCAAUAGCUAUAAAAUAUGUAAUCGAGUGCUCAAUAAAUUAUUAUAGAUUUUCAAAAACUGAAUGUUUUAAAAUCCAGUUUAUUUUUGCAAGAGGCCUGGGCAACGAUUCAUUUAUGGGUAAAAUCAGAACGAUUAUAACUUACACGCUUUUUGAAAAGGGUUCAGUUUAUGGGAACCGAAGAAUUCCUCAGGUUUUUAGGGGCCCGAGCUCUCAAGGUUUAGUAACCCGGCACAUCAAGAUCAAAAAUGUAAGAAAUUUUCAUCUUAGGUAUUGACACUUUUAAAUUGAGUGUCUAGUUGUAUGCAGAAAUGCUCGUGAGAAAUUACAUCAAAUUAUAGUCGGUGGGGGCAAAAGUACGCUGCGAGGCAGGAGUGCUAUUUACUCGUUUUCAUGCUGGCUGCACUAAUUUUUUUUUAAAAUGUGACUCAUAUUGUGAACUUGUAUAGCGUUUAUGUUUCAUAGAUCAGGACUGUCAUUUAAUGCCUCAAAAAAAUGUAUUUUUUUUUUCAUCCACGCUUCGUAAGUGCCUGUAAGAGCAAAUCUGGAUAAUUUUGAAAACUGAUAGAAUAUCCUUUAAGAUGGUUCAGAAUACAAUAUUUUUCAUAUGUACGUAACAUCGUUGAUACCAUUUACGAGAGAGGUAAACAGGAAAA